GUAGUGUAUCCGUAUCACAUGAUAAUCACUUCGGGGCCUGCAACUUCAACCAUCCACGCUCACCUUCGAUCCAAGAGCUCCCACCAGAGUAGAGAGCACAGCAACUCCAAAAUAUCAUACUUUCGUAUAACUAACACCGAGACGCCGCGUUCAUAACCCGAUCACUCGAACAUCACUCGACACCCGGUACGGAGCUAGAUAUUGACGGCCCCUUCUCCGCGCAGCUAGUUAAGCUGUAGUGCCACCGCAAUAGAGCGCGGUAUAGAAUAGACACCGUUCAGAUUAUUUCACGGAAAACACAGAGUCGACGAGAGCGAACAGCGGGAAGGUGCCCUUUUGUACUCUGCGGGGCCAAAAAGAACAGCAUUAUUCAUCGUCCAAUUCUUCCCUCCGCUCUUCAAAAUGAGUGACGCCUACGUGCGGGAACAACAAAACAAUGCCCUCCUGGACUCCCUCUCGCAAAAGACCAAUGCAUUGAAAUCGGUCACGAUAGAUAUUUACGAUCAUGCGCGGGAUCACAGCACGCUUGAUAAUACUAGCGAAGUAUUCUCGUCGCUAUCGACUAAUAUCAGAGGAAGUGCCGGUCGGUUAACACGGAUGGCGAGACAGGGGGAUAGAGUUGCCGUACUCAAAAUCGCGGGAAUUGUCAUUGUAGCCGGAUUCCUGUUGUGGAUUAUUUUGGGCUGGAUAUUUUGAAAUACUGCACAGCGGGUGACGUGGGUAUUGCGGAAGUCAAUUUAUUUAUCUUCCUGCCCUUUUUUUUCUUUUCUUUUUCUUUUCUUUUUCUUUUUCUUUCUUUUUCUUACGUCGUUUAUUCUUGCUAGGCGGGUAGUGGCGCACACUCCAUGAUUCCCAGAGGGAGUUAUUAUUAUUAGGCCUUCGGUUGUUAUGUGCCUAGUGGGCUGGGGCCUGUGCCUCGGACAGGUCGGUCUCGCUGGAACGUACUCGCGGUGUCGUGUCGUAAUAUUUAUUUCUCUUAUUCGGUUUGGUGUUCCGGUGUCUUGUGGAGUCAAACCGCAUUGUUUGGAAGCUUGCUCUGUUAUAAAUUUGGGGAGCGGAACUUUCCGUCAUAUCUAUAUCCUUUUGUCUUCCUCUCCUAACGGAUAUGUUGGCUCACACACAUACCUCCCAUAGACAUUCGCUUUACGAGUUAGCGAGCACUCAUUCUGUUGCAUGGUGAGAUUUGAUUACUAGCUGCUACUUCGAACAUGUAAUUAUUUUUGAACUAUUCUUUUCGUUUCAGUUUAUGCAUUUUCCUCUACAUGACACAUCAUGCCCCUUGAUCAUCAGGGAUGAGCCGCUGUGUAUGAAUGAGAUAAACGACCGGUGCACGAAAAACAUGCCAGCUAACUAUGAAAACGGAGAUGGCCAAGGGGAAGGAAUCUGGGGUGCAGACAGUUACCAUAAGUGCUAAAAUCAACACAUGCUCAACCCCAAACAUUUACCAAUGAAUCGAUUGCAUACGUGGUAAAUAGAUGUCUAAAAACAGCAUAGGCUCGCAAGAAAAAGACAAGAAAGCACAAAAUGAUAAAGUAUUUCUUCACUCC